AUGCCGCCAGCCCGGAUACAGCAUGUCGCAACGACAUUGAUGCCGUUCCUCUACCCAUCCGUCCCCACAGCCUUCCUUCACUCAGCGCGUCCAGUCUUAUCCCGCCUGGGUCGGACGCACCGUCCGCGAUGCUACAGCAGCCUCGACAAUGAUACCAACACCGAGUCUCAGCCCGAAACUGAAGAGCGUUCGCUCAAUCCUCCGCCCGACUCCUACUCGAUCACUCCGUUUGCCGACAAAGCGACUUUGAUGCUCCACGCCGGUCCCGGCGGCCACGGCUGCAUUUCCUUCCUCAGAGAGAAAUACAUUGAAGAAGGGCCCGCGAACGGCGGCGACGGUGGAACAGGUGGCAAUAUAUUCAUUCAGGCCGUCCGCGGCGAGACAUCUCUCCACAAGCUGGCGCGCCGUCGCGAGGUACGCGCCGGCCGAGGUAGAAAUGGCCAGGGCAAGCUGAAAGGUGGAGAGAGGGGCGAGGACGUCCUCUUGACCGUACCGGUUGGCACCGUUGUGCGAGAGAUUUGGCGGCACGACCCCGUCGAAGAAGAGCAGGAACGGAUACGACAGGAGCGAGCGCUGAGGCGAGCGCAGAAGGCUGCUGGGGAAGAGGUGCCACAGCAGGUUCGCCCGGAGAAGUGGCUGUUAUACCCUGGCGCUUCUCCCUCGCUUUUGACGCGUACAGACAUGCCCAAGUUGCCCGGACCGCAGCGCUCUGCCAUCGCGCACUCCGCCCCCCAAGGCCCCAUUAGGCUGGACUUGGACAAGCCGAUGGAUCGCCCUCUGCUCCUUGUUCCCGGUGCGGUCGGUGGCCUGGGAAACCCGCAUUUCGUGAGCAAGACCAUGCUACGGCCACACUUCGCUACAAGAGGAAUGGACCCCAUGAAGCUGGCAGUGCAGCUGGAGCUCAAGCUUCUCGCAGACGUGGGCUUGGUCGGCCUGCCCAAUGCUGGCAAGAGUACCCUCAUCCGCGCGCUAAGCAACAGCCGCGCACGCAUCGGCAAUUGGGCUUUCACCACCCUUCAACCUAACAUUGGCACUGUCGUGUUGGAUAACCACAAGGGCCGACCGCGCCUCGGCCAGCGCCGGGGCGUCGCAUCGCGCGACAAUUUCACCAUCGCUGAUAUCCCCGGCUUGAUCGAGGACGCACACCUGGAUAAGGGUUUGGGCUUGGGUUUCCUGCGGCAUGUCGAGCGUGCAGCCAUCCUGGCGUUUGUGGUCGACCUUACUGCCGAAGACCCCGUCGCCACGCUGAAGAGCCUCUGGCGCGAGGUCGGUGAGUACGAGACGCUGCGCGGUCACGAGCUCAACGCCGAGACGCAGCGAUCGAUGACUGAGAAGCCUGCGCCAAAGCUCCCCAGGCCGGACAUGUUCGAGCCAUCGGCGGCGCUAGACCUUGAGCCGCUAGCGUUACCGCCCAUGUCUGCCAAACCGUGGUUCGUGGUGGCAACCAAAGCUGAUUUGGAGGGUACCAAGGAGAAUUUUGCAAAGCUGCAGACAUAUUUGAUGGGCGUGAGAGAAGGCGCUGUGGAGCAUCCUAGUGGAAAGAAGAAUGCGUGGAACAAGAAGGUAGAGGUGCUGCCUGUGAGUGCGAUCAAUGGUGAGGAUGGCGGGACGGAGAGAGUCAAGGAUUUGGUUGUGAGAGUGUUGGAGGACGAAGGGCUGUAA